AUGCCUGGAAUCCUACCCAUGAAGGUGAUCAAGGUGGGCACCAGCUCCCAGAGCCGGAUAGCCCAGGCCUGCGAUAGAUGCCGGAGCAAGAAGAUCCGCUGCGACGGCAUCCGGCCGACAUGUUCGCAAUGCGCCAAUGUCGGCUUCGAGUGCCGCACGAGCGACAAGCUGAGCCGCCGCGCCUUCCCCCGCGGCUACACCGAGUCUCUCGAGGAGCGCGUGCGUCAGCUCGAAAACGAGGUCAGAGAACUGAAAGACCUACUGGACGAGAAGGACGAGAAGAUCGACAUGCUGUCGAGAAUGCACGGGAACCACAGCCACGCGACCCAUCGCAGCCCUUCUGUCGCAGCGCCGACGCACUCGCCGGCGUCCGCGGCCGACGCGAGGAAAGACGCCGGGACCCCGGCGAAGGAGGAUACUUUCCGCGUGCAGGCGUCGCCGUUGUUGCUUGGCGUCGAGAACUCAGACUCAUACUUUAUGGGGCCGUCGAGCGGCCGUGCCUUUAUCGAGGCGUUCAAGCGCAAGAUGCAAGAGAACGGUAAAGCUUGCUCAGAUUUCAACCCAGAAGCCUUUUUACACAUCCAGGGCUGCCAUCCUCUAACGAUAAAAUCGCCGGACAAGUCUCUGAGAGUGCCGCCGCGUCUGUUUUCUGACCGCUGCGUCAACGUCUACUUCCAAGAAUGGGCGCCCUUGUUCCCUGUGUUGCACAAGCCGACGUUCCUCCACAUCUACGAGGAAUUCGUCUCCGACCCGGAGAAGGUCAAGAACAACCACAAGAUCGCCCAGCUGUAUCUGGUCUUUGGCAUUGCGGCGCUGGGUACCGACCAACCCGACCUCGAGCAGAUCGCGGCUUGUGAGCAGCAAUGGCACCGCGCCGUUGAUGCCGUCCUCAUGGAGAACACCAUGGUCACCCUGCAGUGCCUUGAGUUGGCCCUUCUCUACUGCAUCGUGAGAGCGGAUUACAAGCGCCUCCAGCACUACAAGGGCAUCGCGGUAGGCUUGUCUCACCGCCUCGGGUUGCACCAGAGCCAGAAGCGCUUCUCUUUCGGGGCGCUCACUAUCGAGACCCGUAAGAAGGUCUUCUGGACGCUCUACACCUUGGACUGCUUCUCUGGAGCCAUUCUCGGCCUGCCGAAACUUCUCAAGGAGGAUGAGAUCCACACCGAGUACCCGUCAGAUACCGACGAUGAGUACGUGACUGAGAAGGGCUUCCAACCAACUCUUCCCGGCGAGUACACUCGUCUGUCGAGCGCCCUCGCACUCUUCCGCUGCUGCCGAAUCCUCGCCAAGGUCAUGGAAAAGAACUACCCAGCAGCCACGUCCCACGAGCUAUCGUUGCAGCAAAUGUCUGCCAUGGAGGCCGAGCUCGACGAGUGGUGCGAAUCUCUACCUACCCAUCUCAAACUCACCUUUAAGCAAGACAAGCCUUCGACCGACAUUACUGGAAGUCGUUCUCCGUUGCUCGCGCUUGCGUACUACUACACUAAAACGCUCAUUUUCCGCCCUGCGGUCGGCUCCUCGCUUGGCCACAAAGCGGCACCCGCGCUGAUGUCGAUUGCCGAGUCCGCCAAGCACGUUGUUCAAAUCAUUCAAUUGCUCGAAGAACGCAACAUGACCUUCUCUUUCUGCCUCAACAAGACAGAUACCCUGGUGCUCUGUGGCGUCACUCUUCUGUACCAGAGCUUUGAGUUGAAGCAGGACAGCAAGAUGCUCAAGGAUGUGGAGCGUCUCGUCAACAGUGUCCUCCAAAUUCUCACAAAAGCGAAGGCCCCAGGAUCUUUCGAUCUGAAGCGCGUAGCUGGCAUACUCGUUCGACUCGACGAGGCCAACCUGCCCACUCCGCCGCAGCAGAGCCCAGAAUCGUCCAUGCCCGCGUCAGCGCCCAAGAAGAAGUCACCUCAACAGACUCUCGGUCGCUUGCCGAGUGCCGCCGCUAGCGAGAGCGACCUAAUCCAGCAGCAAGAGAAGAUGCGCCGCAUGACCAUGCCCAGCAUCCAGAGCCGUCCCGAAUUGUACCGAUCCCGCUCCAAACCGUCGGACAAUCCGCAACAGCAAGACAUGGCCGCUCGUCGCGACCAGCGGCUUUCCAUGUCCCAAAUCUCUAACCGCAUCCGCAUGUCGUCAAAACAGAACCUCGACUACCUAUCCCUCAGUAGCACGCCCAACGCCUCCUCGCCACCGUCACCAACCUCGGCACGCCUGCACCAGCACCUUCUGGCCGCAGCACACCAAAACCUCUACGCCCAGCACCAGCAGCAACAUAAUCAACAGCAGCCACAGAAGGUCUCCGGCGUGUCCACGUCAGAAUGGGAAGCCCUUCUAGGCUCAAUGGACGGCGGGCUGAACAACGUCUACGACGCCAUCUACGGCGGCGGAGGCAGCGCCUUGCCGACCAUGGGCGAGACGCCGGCGUCAUCGUCGACGGGGCUAGACAGCUGGAGCCCCGACUCGUGGGAUCUGGCCAAUUUCAACAUUGGCGACUUUGCUACGAACCCGGCACCGCCACAGAGCGUGCCGAGCGUUAGCGAGGAGAGCCUCAGUUCUGGAGAGGACCUGGCAACAAGCGAUCUGAAUCUGAGCGUUAGUAGUCUGGAGUAUCGGAACGCACUGCUCGCAUCAUGCAGUACGAAUGGUGACGGGCUUUUUCUUGACGGGCUAGAUGGCAACUACGGGCUGUGA